AUGACGACCGGAGACAAGAGCCCCGCGGGGCAACAACGCCCAGCCAAGUUGCAUGGCAGGGCAUUCUACGAGAGCAUUGGUAGCCCCAAGUUUAUCGUUGCGCCCAUGGUGGACCAGUCCGAAUUUGCGUGGCGCAUGCUUACCAGAUCCUUCCUCUCCCCAACCGAGCAGUCCAGCCUCCUCGCCUACACGCCCAUGCUGCACGCCCGCCUCUUCUCGCAGGACGAAAAGUACCGCCAAGCACACUUCCAGGCUGUCCGUUCAAACGAAGACCCCUGGCUUGACGGGAACCCCUCCAUCGAUCGACCGUUGUUUGUCCAGUUUUGCGCCAACGACCCUGACGCCCUCCUCGCUGCCGCCAAACAGGUCGCGCCCUACUGCGAUGCAGUAGAUCUCAACCUUGGAUGUCCUCAGGGUAUUGCGCGCAAGGGAAAGUAUGGCGCUUUCCUUCAGGAGGAUCAGGAUCUCAUAUUUCGUCUGAUCAAUAUUCUGCACAAGGAGCUCCCUGUGCCCGUCACGGCCAAGAUUCGCAUUCUGGAGACUGAGGAACAGACGUUGGCGUAUGCGCAGAAUGUGCUCAAGGCGGGCGCGUCCAUCCUGACUGUACAUGGUCGGCGGAGGGAGCAAAAGGGUCACCUGACAGGUCUGGCCGAGUGGAAGAUGAUCAAGUUCUUGCGCGACAGCCUGCCAAAGGAGACAGUCAUUUUCGCCAAUGGAAACAUCCUUCAGGAGGGCGAUAUUGAGCGAUGCCUCGAGGCUACAGGGGCGGACGGUGUCAUGAGCGCUGAGGGUAACCUCAGUGACCCAGCCAUCUUUUCGAAGCCGCCACCUGUAGGCGAGGAGGGACGGGAAUACUGGAGGGAUAAGGACGGCAAGGGUGGAUACAGAGUUGAUGCCGUUAUGAGGAGGUACAUGAACAUCCUCCACGAGCAUACCCUAGGAGGCAAAGCUCCCGAACGUAGACCACUCUUUAUGCCCGGCGACGACACAACAUGGAUGACGGAGGGUCAGGCUGAGGGCGACGAGCCAGCGCCCAAGAGGCGUAAGAAGGAGGGCGGCGGUGGAAAGAAGGGUGAGCAGGGACCAAACAUGUCGGCCAUGCAGCCUCAUCUCUUCCACCUUUUGCGGCACUUUGUCUCCAAGCACACCGACGUGCGGGACAUGCUGGCCAAGAGCCGAGCCGGUGACAUGGAUGCCUACGAGCGAGUGUUGGCGGCCGUGGAGCUCAAGGUGGCCGAGGGUCUGCUCGAGUACGAGCGCACCAACGGCGAGAACGUGGCAGACCCGACGCCGCUGGCCGAGGGCGAGGUGGAUCCCCCAGAGGAUGAGAGUUCGGUAGGCACACAACGCCGAUGCCGGCGACCGUGGUGGGUGGUACAGCCCAUCAUCCGGCCACUGCCCAACGAGGCGCUCAAGAAGGGAGCCAUCACGUUGAGUAAGAAGGAGAAGGGAAAGGCCAAGGAGAAGAAAGAGGAGGAGAAGGGAAAGCAAGAGGAUAUCAAGGCUAGGGAUGAGGCUUUGGCUGGAUAA